CCUUCAUUCAGUCCUUGCACAAACACCACGGAUUGCAACUACGCUGUCAAUGCAAUAACGCAGGAAUAUACCGCCUGCCCUCCAUCACCAUCAUGGACGACACCCCACCGUCGACGAACCUCCGCUCGUCUGCCAAAACCCGCCGGGCCCUCGCCGAAGAACGACACGCCAUGUCUUCCUCCUCGCCGUCGUCUCCCUAUCCUCCUUCCACCGCCACGACAGGCUCCCUGGUACCGACAAGACGCAACUCUCCUUUCCUUCCCACACCACUCGAGACCGCCAUCCUGGCCCUCUUCCCCGCCCUCCUCGCCUUCGGGACCCUCUUCUCCGUCCUCUCCCCGCAAGUGCGCCGCGCCGAGUUCGACCCGACCACCCAAUCCCACGCGCAACAUCCGGACGAGGCGCCGGGCUACUUCGCGCGAAAAGAUAACCUGUUGAACGUCUUCUUCGUCAAGAGGGGGUGGUUCUGGACUACCGUCGCUUUCGCCGCUUUCGUCCUCACCCACCCCACCUUCCGCGGCGGUCGCGGUGCCGGCGGCGGCUCUUCCCCGAAGCGAUUCGUCACCGCGUGCACCAGAUGGGCCCUGAUUACGGGCGCCUGGUUCGCGGCGACGCAGUGGUGCUUUGGCCCGCCGUUGAUUGAUCGCCAUUUCAUGUUGACGGGGGGCCGGUGUGAGGUCGUGUUGCAGGAGGCGCGGGAGCUGGAGAAGGCCGCCGCUUUGGAUACGGGGCACGUGCUUAGCGCGCUUGCGUGCAAGUCUGCCGGUGGGGCGUGGAAGGGCGGCCAUGACAUCUCGGGUCAUGUGUUCAUGCUUGUGCUCUCCAGUGGCUUUCUCCUUUCCGAGGUCGGUUGGGUGUAUUGGCGGCACCGGGGACGGAGGGAUGAUCGCAGCAUCGUUAUGCACGAUAGGGCUGUCAAGGGAGCUGGUGUUGAGGCUGAUUCCACGACGGAGAGGACUGGGGGUCGCCCAGAAGAUGCUCUCGCUCUUGGGGGGAAGGCAGUGGCCGUAGUGGUUGGUUUGAACUGCUGGAUGUUGCUCAUGACCGCCAUCUACUUUCAUACUUGGUUUGAGAAGGUUACGGGCCUUGUCGCUUCCGCCAUUGCACUCUACGCCGUUUACAUCCUACCCAGGUUCGUCCCUGCCCUGCGCCAGAUCGUUGGUCUGCCAGGAGCAUGAUAGAUAGCAAGCGUCCCGGAGCCCUCCAAAUCAUAUCGGACUCCCAUUCUCAUUCGAAGACGAUCCGAGGAAUACGACCGCCUCGUCGUCUUAUAUAGAUACUUCCCUUUUCCCCCCCUACUUCUUGUCUUGGUCGAACAUUUAAUGUGAACUAGGGGGAGAUGGGAGACAUACGUGGACUCGAUGCAUCCGACACCUUCUCGGGAGAGAUAGAUGAGUGACGAAUAGAAAGAUACCAAUUCCCGAC